UCGGAUCCGACUGACCCAGUUCCGAGAAAUCAGCUCGCCGGAAUCGGAUCCGAGGCCGUUUUCCGUCUAUAAAUCGAGGCUCAGUUCGCUCGAGAUGGUACUCUGCGCUCUCGAAGAAGAUGAUGCACUCCGCUGUCAGAUCGGCGCUCGCCGGGAACAGGACCCGCCCGCCCUCCUCCGCCCUCCUCCGCCGGGCCGCGCCGGCUCUUCGGCCGCUCGCCACGGAGGCCGCCCGCGACAUGGACAAGAAGGGCCAGGCGGAGCGCGACGGCGCCAAGGCCAAAACCGGGCCGGAUGCGAUGGCGCACUCGUUCGGGGAGGGCUACGCGACGAGGUCCGACGAGGAAGGCUUCGGCGGGAUCUACGAGGGCAGCAAGUCCGCGAACAACAUCCAGGUCGACAGAGACAUCCAUGCGAACCAUCCUGCUUACGACAAGACGCAGGGAAGCGAGGUGAAGGAGAAGGAGAAGGCGCGACACCAGACCGGUGCUUCGUCUUGAACGAUGCCGUUACUUGCUCCUUAAUGCUGAUUUACUUCGGUUUAAUUUAAUGUAGUUUGUGGGCGAGUACGAGGGUUUUUCUUGUGCUGGUGUUUUUGUACUUCGAUAUUUGGAAUUAUAGAUUAUUUUUUUAA